AUGAUGAAGUUGCUGCUCAUCUUCGUCCUCUCGGGUGCAUCCUGCCCGCUCACCCUCGCCACCAUCAGCGCAUCAAAUGAGUUUGUGUCCUUGGCGGAGAUGGAGGACGCCUUGCUGAAAAAUCUCUUCCAAGGGUACCAGCGCUGGGUGAGGCCCAUCCAGCACGCAAACGACACCAUCAGAGUCCGCUUCGGACUCAAGAUCUCCCAGCUGGUUGAUGUGGAUGAGAAGAACCAACUCAUGACAACUAAUGUUUGGCUCUGGCAGGAGUGGAUUGAUUUCAAACUGCGUUGGAAUCCAGAAAAAUAUGGUGGCAUCACCUCUAUACGAGUUCCUUCAGAAAACAUUUGGCUCCCUGACAUUGUGCUCUAUGAGAACGCUGACGGGCGGUUCGAAGGCUCCCUGAUGACCAAAGCCAUUGUCAAGUACAACGGGGUUAUCACCUGGACACCACCAGCCAGUUACAAGUCUGCCUGUACCAUGGACGUCACCUUUUUCCCUUUCGACCGGCAAAACUGCACAAUGAAGUUUGGCUCUUGGACCUACGAUGGCAACAUGGUAGACCUGGUUUUGAUUGACAACCACGUGGAUCGAAAGGACUUCUUCGAUAAUGGCGAAUGGGAGAUUCUUAAUGCCACAGGGGCAAAGGGAAACAGAAAGGAUGGCCUGUAUUCCUAUCCCUUCCUCACAUACUCCUUCAUUCUGAAGAGGUUGCCGUUAUUCUACACGCUUUUCCUCAUCAUCCCUUGUCUGGGGUUGUCUUUCCUGACGGUACUGGUGUUCUACCUUCCAUCCGAUGAAGGGGAGAAGCUGUCGCUCUCUACCUCCGUCCUCGUGUCACUCACUGUAUUCCUCCUCGUCAUUGAAGAGAUCAUCCCUUCUUCUUCCAAAGUCAUCCCGCUUAUCGGCGAGUACUUGCUCUUCAUCAUGAUCUUUGUCACACUGUCCAUCAUUGUUACUGUGUUCGUCAUCAACGUGCACCACCGAUCUUCGGCCACCUACCACCCUAUGUCGCCAUGGGUUCGCAGCCUCUUUCUUCAAAAGCUGCCUAGGUUGCUUUGUAUGCGAGGUCACAUCGACCGUUACCACUACCCGGAGCUGGCUCCAGAAAGUCCCGAGGUGAAGCCACGAUCCGGAGGGCGGAGAGGAGGCCAGAAGGCAAGUGGAGGACAGACUGCUUCCGAUGGAAAGGAGGAUGAGGCCUGGGCCACCAUGUUGGAGAAAGCCAUCUACUCAGUACGCUACAUCAGCAGACACAUCCGAAAAGAGCAUUUCAUUCGAGAGGUGGUCCAAGACUGGAAGUUUGUUGCCCAGGUGCUAGACAGGAUCUUCCUGUGGGCAUUCCUGACUGUCUCCAUACUUGGCACUAUCCUUAUCUUCACUCCAGCUCUCCAUAUGUUCCUCAAAAUCCCUCAACCAAUUCCAAGUGAGGAUCCUACUUCAACCUCACAACUUUAG